AUGGCCGUCAAAAAUUCCAUAUUUCUAGAGAAAUUCACAAAUCAACAACAACCAGUUGCAAGCUCACUUUGCAUCUGGCAUCAUGGCGAACAUGAUGAUUUAUUUUUCCAACCAUCUAUCAAUUCUUUCAUAUACUACCAAUCAGCAACAAAACAUGUCACACCUGCUGGAACUUGCGACACUGUAUUCAUUUAUUCCUGGAACAUUCCAGACACGGAUUACCUGCUACACUUGAUCACAACCUUCUUCAUUUAUCUCGCAUAA